AUGGUUCAUUGGCUGUUAGCCGCCAUCUCAUUGACUGUCUCACCUUUUACCAUAACUUUGAACGCGUUAGUAAUCAUAGCUGUGACUCAAAGGAAAGAGCUACAAAAACACUCCAACAUUCUAUUAUCAAGCAUCGCGCUGGCAGAUUUUCUAACAGGCAUUGCAUCCAUACCCGCUGUCACUACUUCCUUGGUAACGGUCCACGAAGGCUCCCUUAAGCUUGUAUGUACGAUAAACAGAGUAGCUUUAAGCUUAGAGGAUUUCUUACGCUUCUGUUCCCUGUGCCAUCUGACCAUGGUUGCCUGGGAAAGGUUCGUAGCCAUACGGAGAUCAAUGGACUACAAGGUAAUUAUGACAAAAUCGUUUCUUACCAAGAUUGCAAUCUUCGCUUGGUUGUCGGCGAUUUUUACAUGGCUGCCUUUGUUCAUUAUGUUAACGACAAGCGUGGAAGUUGACCUAGUUCGCAUCGGGAUCCUGAUUAUAAAUGUCUGUGGAGUCAUACUCGUUGUCUUCAUUCUAUAUUUCUAUGCCAUGGUUUACCACGAAGUACGAAAACGUCGCACGAGCGAUAUAAGAUUGAUUACUGCUCAACUUCAGGCAAAACGAGAAUCUAACGUUGCCAAAACGACUGGUUUAAUAACAGCUGCCCUUCUUUUGACAAUUGCCUUAGGCAAUAUUCUCCCGAAAGUAAUAUUACUACAAUUUCCAGCCUUGCAUCUUCGUUUCGUUUUCCAUAUCUCAAGGACACUAGUUCGGCUAAACUCGGUCUUAAAUCCUAUCCUUUACUGCUAUAGAGACCGUCGUUUUAGGAAGGCAAUUAAGGAGCUUUUGAGAAUAAGAAAAACACAAGAAACCCAGAAAAAAGAUGAUGGUGUGCGAUUUUGUCAACAAACAAAGUCAGCUUGGUUGGUCAGUAACUGUCCAACAACGGUAGAUUCAAAUAUUCCAACAAGCCUGGCAAGAUCAAUUUCAUGUGAUUUGAAAGAC